AUGCUGAGCCCAGGCACUGAGUAUCUUUUGAAUAACGAUGACAGACACGCUUCAUCAAAAUCAAAGACUAAAACGUAUUGUUGGUUCAUUUUCGUCUUUUUAUUGGGUGCUGUGAUAAUAUUAAUACCUGCUUUGGUUCUUAUUCUACGUAAAGCAAAAUGUUCUGGUCCUGUACCACCGCCCGCACCUCCUGCUUGGAACGGUAGUGAUUAUCUAUCCAAUAGUGAUUAUUAUAAGCAAUUGACAACAGUAGAUGACUUUAGUCAAAUACAUAACCUUCGCUUGGAUCGCCUUUCGUCUCCUCGAUUUCAUCCAAUAAAUGGAAAGACAAUUAUUUAUCUUAGAAAACAAUAUCAUAUGCCUGAUUUAAAUGGAUCUUCAACAACUCUUCAUUGGAUUGAUUUAGAAACCAAGAAAAAUGUUCAAUUGACAAGACCUAUUUGGGGUAUUAAUGAUCAACAAUUCUACUGGAUUGAUAGUAAAACAAUUCUUUUCCUAUCGAAUCGAGCAGAAUCUAGGCUUAAUCAAUUAUUUCAACUAAAUUUACCUGAUGAUGUAUCAGCUAUAGGCAAUUUUCUUGAUCCGAUUCAAAUUACUAAUUAUCCAUUAGAUAUUGAUAAUUUAGUAGUAAAUCGGCAAGCAACACGUUUAGCAUUCAGUUGUCAAGUUUAUUCUAAUUUAACUAUUCAGGCAACUGCUGAUCGACAAGCUACUGAAAAAGCUAGUGGCAGUUUAGUAUAUAAAUUUGACAAAUUAUUUAUUCGUCAUUGGGAUGAAUUUAUGUUGGGCCCACGUCAUCAUCCAUUUAUUGUUUCCAUUGAACGAGAUGCCAAAAAAAGAUUUCAUUUUACAUCCACACCUACCGAUGUUCUCUUUGGCAUUGAUAGUGAUUCACCAACAAGGCCAUUUGGAGAUGCUAAAAGUCAAUGGUCGUUUAGUGCAAGUGGAAAUAAAUUUGCUUUUACAAGACAACAUGACGAAACAAGUGCAGUUGCUUGGUCAACUAAUUUAGAUAUAUUUACUGUUGAUUUGAGCACAAAUAAUUCACAACCUAUAUGCAUUACAUGUGAAAAUUUAGCAGCCGAUACUGAUCCAUCAUAUUCUCCAAUCGACGAUGACAUUUUAGUUUAUCGUGCACAAUCAGUUCCUGGCUAUGAAUCUGAUCGAUUCGAAGUCAAACUUUACAAUAGCUCUAAUGAGACAAUUACUCUACUUAAUACUUGGGAUCGUAGUAUUCAAGUAGCUACAUGGUCCAAUGAUGGUCAAACACUGUUUUUUGAAAUAGGGGAAGAAGCACGUAACGUCAUUUAUAAAUUCUCAAAUAUAUUAUCAUCAACAUCGAUUCCUAUUCGUCUUAUGAGCAAUGGUUCAUCACAUGAUAUUAAUAUUCAUCCAACAAACGAUGAAACAUUUGUUUUUACCUAUGAAAGUAUUACUCAACCAGCUAAUGUUUAUGUAUAUGCAUCACCAAUAUCAAUACAACCUGUUACUGAUCAUAAUAAUAAUCUUUUGGCUAAAGUAAAAAUGAGUACAGUUUCGGAGACAUUUAAUUUCAAAGGCUCAAAUAAUGAAACAGUAUGGGGAUGGCAUGUGCCACCAGUAAAUGGUACAGCUGAAAAAGCUCCACUCGCUUUUCUUAUUCAUGGCGGUCCUCAAAGUAGUUGGUAUGAUGCAUGGAGUUAUCGUUGGAAUUUUCAAGCAUUCUCAUCACAAGGUUAUGCUGUUAUUGCUAUUAAUUUUCAUGGCUCAGACUCCUAUGGACAAAACUUUACCGAUAGUAUCACAGGUCACUAUGGCACAUUACCCUACGAAGAUCUACAAUUAGGACUUACAGCAGCCUUAAAUAAUUAUACAUAUAUUGAUGGAAAUCGUACUGCAGCAUUAGGUGCUAGUUAUGGUGGAUUUAUGAUAAAUUGGAUUGCUGGACAUCAAGAUAUGAGUCAACGUUUCAAAACUCUUAUUUGUCAUGAUGGUUUAUUUGAUAUGAGAGGUAUGGCUUAUUCAACUGAAGAAUUAUGGUUUAGUGAACACGAUGCUGGUGGUUUUACUCCCUAUGACAAUCCUAAUGCAUUUGAAGAAUUUAAUCCGGUCAAUCAUGUAAUUAACUGGACCCAACCAAUGUUAAUCAUUCAUGGCGGUCACGACUAUCGUGUACCUGAUACACAGGGCAUUGGUGCAUUUACAGCUUUACAACGACGUGGUAUUCCUAGUCGAAUGCUGUAUUUACCAAAUGAAAAUCAUUGGACACUCAAUCCAUUCAAUUCCCUUGUCUGGUAUCAAGAAGUACUUCAUUGGAUGCAUCAUUGGACACAAUAA